GACGGGGACAGGAGGUGGAGGCAAGAGGGAGGGACCUUGCAGCGUGGCUUUCUGCAAGUCUGAAUGAAAGAAUCUCUCUCUCUCUCUCUCUCUCUCUCUCUCUCUCUCUCUCGCUGUGUGGAUGCAUGGCGUCUGCUGGCUGCAGCCCGCCAGCACAUGUCCACAGAAAACAAGCCAGUCCUCCAAGAUGGACUAACUCUUUUCUCUCCACCUCCCUUUGACUGGAUCGCAUAUCUUCUCCGGGUUGUUUUGCUUGGGACCGUUCGUCACGUCAUGGACUGGGCCGCUCUUGUCAGGACUGAAGAACGAGGAGCACAAACCACCUCACGUUUCUGGAAGAAAACACCACUUUUUGGUGCAGACCUGUGACCGAUGCCCACACUGAACCAUGCCUGACGUCUAGCUCCACAUAGUCCGUACUGACCCUGUACAUUGUUCCCGGUCUGUAUACUCAAAACCACCAAAAAAAAAAUGACCUCACCGAUAUGCACCCGGAAGCACUUCUCCGCUCGCCUGUCCCUGGCCACGCUGCUGCUGGUCCAGGUGAGGUGGGGGUGCUGUCAUCCGCAGUGUUUGGACUACAAGCCACCGUUCGAGCCCCGGCAGCCGCUGCUCUUCUGCAAGGACUACUCCAAGUUCGGAUGCUGCGACGACGAGAAGGAUCAUCGGCUGGCGGUCAGGUUCUACACCAUCAUGGAGAACUUCGACCACACGGGCUACGCCACCUGUGGGAAGUACAUACGCAGCAUUAUCUGUCAGGAGUGCUCUCCAUACGCUGCCCACCUGUACGACGCCGAAGACGCAAACACACCCAUGCGGGUCUUGCCCGGACUGUGUGGCAACUAUUGUCAAGACUACUGGCACCAGUGUAGGUACACACUGAGUCUCCUCCUGGAGGACCACGGGAGCCCGGGACAGUUUUCAAACCUGACCGCCACAAUAGAAGAAGACCAGAGAAGGUUCUGUGAAUUUCUGGAGCUGAAGGAUAAACAAUACUGCUACCCUAACGUCUUGUCUAACACGGAACUAAAUGCCAACCUGGGUUCGGUGCGAGCGGAUUCCGAAGGCUGUCUGGAGUUGUGUUUGCAGGAGGUGGCGAAUGGACUCCGCAACCCGGUGGCUAUGAUCCACGCAGAUGACGGAACACAUCGGUUCUUCGUGGCCGAGCAGCUGGGCUACGUGUGGGUGUAUCUGGCCAACGGCUCCAGGAUCGACCGUCCGUUCCUCAAUCUCACGCGCGCUGUCCUGACGUCGCCUUGGGCUGGAGAUGAGAGGGGGUUCCUCUGCAUAGCCCUGCACCCUAGGUUUACCACGGUCAGAAAGGCCUACGUUUACUACUCGGUGUCCGUCAAGAAGGAGGAGAGGAUACGCAUCAGCGAGUUCACACUGUCAACGUACGACGACAACCAACUUGACCACUCCUCAGAGAGGACCCUCCUCGAAGUGGAACAACCAGCGUCCAAUCAUAACGGGGGUCAGCUUUUGUUUGGCCACGACGGAUACCUGUACAUAUUUAUCGGGGACGGCGGUCGAGCCGGGGACCCUUUUGGAAAAUUCGGCAACUCGCAGAACAAGUCAACCCACCUUGGCAAAGUGCUGCGAGUGGAUGUCAAUAACAACGACGAUGGCGCCCCUUACAGCAUCCCGUCAGAUAACCCGUUCCUCGGAGAGAAGGGGAGCCUCCCAGAGAUUUAUGCUUACGGCGUACGCAACAUGUGGCGAUGCGCCGUGGACCGCGGCGACCCGGCGACGGGCCAAGGUCGGGGCAGGAUGUUCUGUGGCGACGUGGGCCAGAACAAAUACGAGGAAGUGGACCUCAUCCUGAAAGGCGGCAACUAUGGAUGGAGGGCAAAAGAAGGCUUCAACUGCUACGAUCGCAAACUCUGUCGUAACUCAUCUCUGGACGACAUCCUGCCAAUAUUUGCCUACCCCCACAAGAUGGGCAAGUCAGUGACGGGCGGAUACAUCUACAGAGGUUGCCAGAUGCCCAAUCUCAAUGGACUCUACAUCUUUGGGGAUUUCAUGAGUGGGCGUCUGAUGUCCUUAAAAGAGGACGUGACCACGGGGGAAUGGCAGUACAAUGAGGUCUGCAUGGGACGAGACCAAACCUGCAGAUUCCCCAAACUCAUCAACAGCUACUAUAAAUACAUCAUCUCUUUUGCAGAAGAUGAAGCAGGUGAAUUGUACUUUCUUGCCACGGGUGCGGCGAGUGCCACCGCCAGAGCGGGAGUCAUCUAUAAGAUAGUGGAUCCCUCCAGGCGAGCUGCACCAGGAAAAUGUGCCAUCAAACCUUCGCCGGUGAAGAUAAAGGGAAAACUUCUCCACUUCCGCCCAAAGGAAGAAUAUGUUAUGGACAAAAAAGCGCCCACCACACCCGUGCCGACCACAACGGCGAGGACAGCCCCCGCCACCAGAAGAGCCCCGACAAGAAGAAGCACCACACCCGCUCCCACCAGAAAAGCUUGGCCCCCGCAAGCGCCGACGGGAAGAGCGGCCAAAAAGACGCCGACAGCGGCCGUAAAAACGACGACCUCGGCAGCCACUUUGGCCAAAGCCACACCCACCGGUUCUGUCGACACUGCAGCCUUCUCCGGCAUUCAAACCGCGAGUUCAUCGAGGAAACAUGUGAGACCCCACCCGACUACCUCCUCCCGGACUCUAACCUUCCCGCAGGCCCCUCCUCCUCUGUCCACAAAGAAAACGUACACAAGUUUGACCAAUGCCCGUAGUUCUGAGCCUCAAAGGAGGUUGACGACUCCACGUCCGCCGUAUUGGAUUCCCAAGCCCACAUCCUAUAGACCUCAAACCAACCCAACUCAGGCAAAGGUGGUGUUGGGAGAUAAGACGGACAACGCGGAGGAAGGCGAGGGUAACCAAGUGAACAAACGGCCCAGGGUAGGAGGACGAGGGUACGGGCACAAGGGAGUAAGAACAGGAGGCCGAAGGAUCCGUGCCGGCUCGGUCCGACUGGUCAGCAUAGACGGUCUAUCAGACCGAGGACGAGUCGAGAUCUUCAUCCGCGGGGAGUGGGGGACGGUCUGCGACGACCUCUUCACCAUCAGGGCCGGUAGCGUGGUGUGUCGGCAGCUGGGCUUCACCACGGCGCUGGCGGUGAUAAAGAGGGCCGUGCUGGGCUCGGCGGACGUCGCCGUCCGGAUCUUCUUGGACGACGUGGAGUGCGAGGGCGAGGAAAGGUCCCUGUUGGAGUGCAAGAGGUCCAGAGUCGGGAAGCACAACUGCUCCCACUCGGAGGACGUGGGAGUGAUCUGUGGGUAGGGGAGGACCUUGGAACGUAGGUGUGGAUGAGUUUUUGCCUCGUACCUGUGAGAAUCCUGAGUGUGACGGACGCAUGAAGGAGUGGGGGGGUUGGUUAUUUUAUCCUUGACUAGCUGCAGUGUGCUCAAACAACCACCAGGUAGCAUCGGUCAGCAGAUCAAUCAAGAAAACACCAUUUUCCAUGCACUUUUCACUCAUUUAAGUGAGGGAUGAGGCAAAAACUCAUCCAGGCCCACUCUUGUUUGGUAAUCUCCAGAUCAAUGUUCGGAUUAUACAAGUUUUAAACUCACGUCCACCUAAAUCCUCAAAGACGACACAUCCGCAUUUAUGUUGAUCUGUUGUUAAUUGUAGAGAUACCGCGUUCAUGUUUAACCGUCAUCAUAGGAACUACAGAAGAUUAUUAAUAUUCCAAAUACGGGAUAAAAUCACGGGAAAAAGUUCCUAUAUUCAGGUCAGUACAAAACGUACCGUAUUUUUCGGCCCAUAGGGCGCACCGGAUUAUAAUGCACACUGCCGAUGAGCGGGUCUAUUCAGGUCUUUUUUCAUACAAUAGGUGCACCGGAUUGUUAUUAUUAUCGGCGGUCACUCGAACGAGUAUGACGAUCCUCCUGGUAGGGGUGUAUCCCUUUAUGGAGGAUGCCUGUGCGUGACUUUGUUUUACGUGGGGAGACAGACAGUCACCACACGAUCCUUGACAGAAUCGGGUCAGGGUCCAGUGGCAUGGAGUCCAAGACGACUGGGGACCCUUUUCUGCUGCAGCCUUCUUCCGCCAUCGCAGCCGUUGUGGUAGUUCUUAAAUCUACCGUCUUCCGCCUGCUCCGCCGUUGAGGUC